UGGCAGGCGCUGCUGUCAUCACACUGCUUCACUCUAAAUUAGAUCGUUCUUUGAGUGUUGGCUCUGAUUACGACUUGACACAAUACUUAGCGGAGGCGGCCACUCGUCCUUUUUUGCAGAUGCUGCAAGAUUGGAUUUAUAAAGGAAAGUUUGAGGAUCCCUACAACGAAUUUAUGAUCUCUAUGCAAACUUUCCACGUGGACCGUCUCGAUUCAAGACGUUGGAAUAAAGAUUUCGUAUUGGAUCUUGAAAAAGUUCCCCGAUUUUUUACAGUGGACUCUGAAAAAAUUUUAAAAACAGGAAAGUAUUUAAACGUUAUUAAAGAGUGUAAUAGAAAAGUUCAAUUUUUAGAUCCCAAAACUAUUUCCUACUCCACGUCGUACUUUGCAUAUCGUUCUUACAUUGAAGAAGCCUACAAUUAUGCAAGCAAAACUUUAUUGAAUGUUUUGCUUAAAGAAAAACAUUUGCUUCUUCAUUUUAGAACUUUGAAGGGGUAUUUCUUGCACGGCUCCAGUUUUUUUUUAUCGGACUUUUUAGAUUUGGCCGAAGACGAGCUAAGCCUAGCCGUUUCAGAAAUAUUAAUUUCGAAACUGGAAUUGUUUUUGGAAAGAGCUCUUCAAACAGAACGCACAGAUUUAUUUAAGCAGCAAAUAAAAUGUGCGUUUGCCCCCGUCGAACUUUUUACUGAACUUUUUAAUAUUUUGAAAAUAGACGAAACUUCUAUUAUUAAAACUUUUCAGCCAGCAGAGAAGUUAGCUUCUACGGGCAACAACUUAUUUUCGUUGGCUUAUACACUUCCUUGGCCAAUGCCGUUAGUUAUCAGCAAUCGAGUUUUGACAAAAUAUACUUUUCUCUUCCGCUACUUAUUUUUUUUGAUGGUUAUUGAACGCCGCUUAUGUUGUUUAUGGAAAGACUUUAUACGUUCUUCAAAAGCUAACGAUAGUCGAGUCUACGCAGCAACGCUCAGAAUAAUGCUCGGCUUUAUAAAAAACUUGCGCUCUUUUUAUUUGCUAUACUGCAUUGAAAGCAAUUGGAGUGGUUUUGAAAAUAAAAUUCUCGCAGUAAAAACUCUUGACGAAGUUUUAAUUACCCACAAUGAUUUUUUGGACACGUGCUUAAAGCAGUGCAUGUUAACCAAUAAAGAACUUUUCCAGAAGUUGUAUUCUUUGUUAAAACUUAUUGAGGACUUUUGCGCUUUUUCUUUUUUGGAUUUCAUUUCAAUUCAGGAAAGUGCACGUAUCUUUUCAGAAAAACUAAAAGAAUAUGUUAUUUCGGUGGCCAGUCUAGCACUUGGAACGAUAGUAGUAGGAGCCGUGAUCUCACCGGUUGUGCAGUAUGACGGGACAGUAUCCUGCUUAAAGUUCAUUUUAUCAAGUCCAAAGCCAUACCAAGCGCAUUCUAAGCUAAUGAGGCGCGAUUUAUUGGGAUUUAAUGAAGCCUAUGAGUUCUUAAGUAACAUUACAUUAGUAACUGUUAUCCAUCACGAUCGGAAGGAGGAUAGUGACAUGCAGAAUUUGCAAAAUAAGCGAGAUAAUUCGUCACCAGCAGCAACAAACGUCUAG